UUCAACCUUGGUUACCUGACCUGGUAAACGAGCUCUAGUCUGCCUUCACAGGCGGACAACAGAUUCAAAACAAUAUAAUUAUUGUCCACGAAGUUCUCAACCACUUCAAGAAACAUAAAACGGGCAAACGUAAGGACAUGAUGAUGAAGCUUGAUAUGAGGAAAGCCUACUAUUUGGUGGAGUGGGAGUUUCUUAUUAGUCUCCUGAGAGCUUACGGAUUCAGUGAAGUAUGGUGCGGGCGGGUUCGAUCAUGCAUCUCGACAGUGAAGUUCAGACUGCUAUUCAAUGGAGAACCCUCGGCUGAAUUCCAGCCUUCGAAAGGCAUCCGUCAGGGGGAUCCCCUGUCCCCUCUUCUCUUCAUACUUAUGUCUAAUGCUCUCUCCUUCCUGAUCAAGAAGGCACCCCAGAGACAUGUUAUAAAAGGGCUCAAACUUAAUAGAUCCUGCCCGAGUCUCACCCACUGCCUGUUUGCUGAUGACACGAUCAUCUUUGGCGAGGCCUCGGUGAGCGAGGAAGAAAAGAUCCUUAGCAUCCUAAAUGAUUAUGGAUCGAUCACAGGCCAGGAAGUCAACAGGGAAAAAUCAUCAAUGUUCUUUAGUUAUAAUGUGCCAAUCGAUGAACAGGAAGGGAUCGUACAGACAUCGGGGUUCGCGGCUUCUAUCUGCCAUUCCAAGUACCUUGGAGUGCCCACAGAGUGGGGAAGAUCCAAAAAGGAAACUUUCCAGUUCCUCCUUCACCGAAUGGAGACCAGAGGUGAAUCAUGGAAGAGCCUACUUCUUUCUCCCGGCGGGAAAGAGGUCCUGCUCAAGGUUGUAUUCCAAGCCAUCCCCUCCUUCAUUAAGUGUCUGUUCCUCCUCCCACGGUCUACAAUGGAAAAAAUGGACGCCAUGCUCAAGAACUUCUUCUGGGGAGGCUCCUUGUCCAAGAAGACCAUCCACUGGAGGGCCGGACACGAUUCUUUAUGCCCCGAAAGAGGAGGGAGGCCUUGGCUUCCGACCUUUCCAUACCUUCAAUUUAGCACUGCUGGCCAAACAGGCAUGGAGAGCAAUCACAAACUCGACGCCCUAUGGGUCAAGGUACUUAAAAGCAUCUACUUUCCACACUCAGAUUUCUUGAAUGCUAAGAAGGGAGGUAAGGCUUCUUGGAUCUGGGUGAGCCUGUGGGAAGCCAAAAAAAGGAUGAAAUAAGGAGUGAUCCGAGUAAUUGGCAACGGGAGGUCCACCAGAAUGUUCCAAGACCCGUGGAGAUUCGACCAAGCAGGACCCCUCCUAUAGUUUGACUGGCCUGAUGAGUCAACUGCUGACCAAUGGAUUGAUGGGAUCUCCAGAGAAUUGAAUUUUGACCUGCUUGAUGAUUUCCUUAGCCCAAAGGACAUGAGGCAGGUUGCUGCCACCCCUAUUGGCCCUGACUCCCUUUAAGACUUAUGGGCAUGGAGAUUCACGGAUCACGGCUCCUUUACAGUGAGAUCGGCGUUCCAUCUCUUUCAUAACCAACUAUGUUUGUUCGGGUCAGCUGACUACUUCAGUGUCAAGUAAAGAAAGAUGGAAGUGGCUUUGGAGCCUCUCCCUCCCGCCGAAGCUGAAAUUUUUUGUGUGGAAGUGCACUAAAGGAGCCCUGGCGUCCAAAGAAAACCUACACUCAAGGAACUGCUCUACAACCAAGAGCUGCCCGCGGUGCGCGGCCCCUUCAGAAUCGGUCCACCACAUUCUCUUUUCGUGCCCCCAUGCGGCAGAAGGGUGGGGGCAAGAUUGGCCAUCUCUUGCAGCUCCUCCCCCUCUCACCCCCAUUUUUGGAGUGGCUUGACUCUCUGAAAACCAAGUACCCAGUCUGUUCCAUUUAAAAGAUUAUCUUCCUUCUGUGGCAGACAUGGAGAACGAGAAAUGAGCGCAUUUUCAGGAACAUAGCACCAUGGCCCCCAUCCAUGGUCUCAAAGACCACACUUGCCUUCCACCAGUGGACUUCCUGCCCCAGGAAGUUGCCCUUAGCUCCACCCCUACCUCAGCUCAAUCCACCCCCUGAUCACUCUCCACCACCCCCAAGUACUCAUGACUUUGAGAUACACUGUUAUGAGAUCGUUCUUCAACGAUUCCCAGGAGGCGGCUUAUGGCGUCGUCGUUACGAACGACCAUGGUCAAGUUUGUGAUGGGAAAGCUGAGUCUCUGCAUUGUUUUCCCCCACUUGAAGCAGAAGAUAAAGCGUUACUUGAGGGAACUCUCUUAGUUGUCGGCCUUCUCAAGCCAUGCAUUGUCCGUUCUGAUUGCCUUGGCCUGAUCCAAGCGCUUCAGGGACACCCUAAGUCAUGGCCUUGGCGUGCAGCAGCGUGACUUGGCACCAUCAAGAAGACCAUUGAAGCUCACCCGAUGAUCAAGAUCAACCACAUCAAAAGGAAGAAUAACUCCAAACAGUGGCGGAUCCAGGGGGAGGCCACCCCGGGCCACGGCCCAGCCCUCAUCUGGAUCCGAAGCUAGUAUAGCCCUUAUUAGUUUAUCAGUUGUAGUCAUUCGGCCCAGUGUUAUUUUAUAAUAAGAUUGUGUGUAAUUAGGUAAAUGGGUCAGAUGAACAUAUUCAAAACACAACUCUAAUUUUAACCUGAAAAUUCUAACUCCAAUGAUUCUCGCCUAAAGAAAAACAAGCAAUGAAACCUAAAAUUCUAAAAGUAAAAAACGUAAAAGAUU